ACUCAACAAUGCCUGCCCCUCUCUGACUGCACCGUCCCGCCGCCGCUGCCGCCGCCGCGCCCAAGCCAAGUCGAGCGGGGGCGUUGCCCACCGACGGCGCAGCCCUCGGGCCCGCCCGGGACCAGGAGGUGAGCCGCGCGCGCACAACUCCGUGCGCUCGCCCGUCUGAGCGCCCGCCAGGUGCCCCGCAGCCCGCCGCCGAGAUGCACAGCCCGCCUGGGCUCCUGGCGCUGUGGCUUUGCGCUGUGCUGUGCGCAUCGGCGCGCGCGGGCAGCGACCCCCAGCCUGGCCCGGGGCGUCCCGCCUGCCCGGCUCCCUGCCACUGCCAGGAGGACGGCAUCAUGCUGUCCGCUGACUGCUCCGAGCUCGGGCUCUCAGUGGUGCCUGCGGACCUGGACCCCCUGACGGCUUACCUAGACCUCAGUAUGAACAACCUCACGGAGCUUCAGCCGGGUCUCUUCCACCACCUGCGCUUCCUGGAGGAGCUGCGGCUCUCAGGGAACCACCUCUCACACAUCCCGGGACAGGCAUUCUCUGGCCUCCACAGCCUCAAAAUUCUAAUGCUGCAGAGCAACCAGCUCCGUGGGAUCCCAGCAGAGGCACUAUGGGAGCUGCCCAGCCUGCAGUCGCUGCGCCUAGAUGCUAAUCUCAUCUCCCUGGUCCCUGAGAGAAGCUUUGAGGGGCUCUCCUCCCUCCGCCACCUCUGGCUGGAUGACAAUGCACUCACCGAGAUCCCCGUCAGAGCUCUCAACAACCUUCCUGCCCUACAAGCCAUGACCUUGGCUCUCAACCAUAUCCGCCACAUCCCUGACUAUGCCUUCCAGAACCUCACCAGUCUUGUGGUGCUGCAUCUACAUAACAACCGCAUCCAGCAUGUGGGGACCCACAGCUUCGAGGGGCUGCACAAUCUGGAGACACUUGUGUUCUUUCUCUUCUGUUCCCCAGAGCGUUUUCUUGGGGAGCCUGCAGGGGAAGGCAGAUGUGGAGGAGGAGGAGCGGCUGCGAGAAUGAAAGGGGGAAGAAAUGAUAGAGACCUGAACUAUAAUGAGCUGCAGGAGUUCCCCUUGGCUAUCCGGACCCUGGGCAGGCUGCAGGAAUUGGGUUUCCAUAACAACAACAUCAAGGCUAUCCCAGAGAAAGCCUUCAUGGGCAGCCCUCUCCUGCAGACAAUACAUUUUUAUGACAACCCAAUCCAGUUUGUGGGAAGGUCAGCAUUCCAGUACCUGUCUAAACUGCAUACGCUAUCUUUGAAUGGUGCCACUGAUAUCCAAGAGUUCCCAGACCUCAAAGGCACCACUAGCCUGGAGAUCCUGACCCUGACCCGUGCGGGCAUCAGACUGCUCCCACCGGGAGUGUGCCAACAGCUGCCUAGGCUCCGAAUCCUGGAGCUGUCUCAUAAUCAGAUCGAGGAGUUACCCAGCCUGCACAGGUGUCAGAAGCUGGAGGAAAUUGGCCUCCGACAUAACCGGAUCAAGGAAAUUGGUGCAGAUACCUUCAGCCAGCUGGGCUCCUUGCAAGCUUUAGACCUGAGUUGGAAUGCCAUCCGUGCCAUCCACCCUGAGGCUUUCUCAACCCUUCGAUCCUUGGUUAAGCUGGACCUGACUGACAACCAGCUGACCACACUGCCCCUGGCUGGGCUGGGAGGCCUGAUGCACCUGAAGCUCAAAGGGAACUUGGCCCUGUCUCAGGCCUUCUCCAAGGACAGUUUCCCAAAACUGAGGAUCCUGGAGGUGCCCUACGCCUACCAGUGCUGUGCCUACGGCAUCUGUGCCAGCUUCUUCAAGACCUCUGGGCAGUGGCAGGCCGAGGACUUUCAUCCAGAGGAAGAGGAGGCACCAAAGAGGCCCCUGGGUCUCCUUGCUGGACAAGCUGAGAACCACUAUGACCUAGACCUGGAUGAGCUCCAGAUGGGGACAGAGGACUCAAAGCCACACCCCAGUGUCCAGUGCAGCCCUGUUCCAGGCCCCUUCAAGCCCUGCGAGCACCUCUUUGAGAGCUGGGGCAUCCGCCUUGCUGUGUGGGCCAUCGUGUUACUCUCCGUACUCUGUAACGGGCUGGUGCUGCUGACAGUCUUUGCCAGCGGACCCAGCCCGCUGUCCCCCGUCAAGCUUGUGGUGGGUGCGAUGGCAGGCGCCAACGCCCUGUCGGGCAUUUCCUGUGGUCUCCUGGCCUCGGUGGACGCCUUGACCUAUGGUCAGUUCGCUGAGUAUGGAGCCCGCUGGGAGAGCGGUCUGGGCUGCCAGGCUACGGGCUUCCUGGCUGUCCUGGGUUCAGAGGCGUCGGUGCUGCUGCUCACACUGGCGGCCGUGCAGUGCAGCAUCUCCGUGACCUGCGUCCGAGCCUACGGGAAGGCGCCGUCGCCUGGCAGCGUCCGCGCAGGCGCACUGGGAUGCCUGGCGCUGGCCGGGCUGGCCGCAGCACUGCCGCUGGCCUCGGUGGGAGAGUAUGGCGCCUCCCCACUCUGCCUGCCCUACGCCCCACCCGAGGGCCGGCCGGCUGCCCUGGGCUUCGCUGUAGCCCUGGUGAUGAUGAACUCGCUCUGCUUCCUGGUGGUGGCCGGCGCCUACAUCAAGCUCUACUGUGACCUGCCACGGGGUGACUUUGAGGCCGUGUGGGACUGCGCCAUGGUGCGCCACGUGGCCUGGCUCAUCUUUGCAGAUGGCCUCCUCUACUGCCCCGUGGCCUUCCUCAGCUUUGCCUCUAUGCUGGGCCUCUUCCCUGUCACCCCCGAGGCUGUCAAGUCAGUCCUUCUGGUGGUGCUGCCUCUGCCUGCCUGCCUCAACCCACUGCUCUACCUGCUCUUCAACCCUCACUUCCGGGAUGACCUUCGGCGGCUCUGGCCAAGCCCUCGGUCCCCAGGGCCCCUAGCCUACGCUGCAGCCGGUGAGCUGGAGAAGAGCUCCUGCGACUCCACCCAAGCGCUGGUGGCUUUCUCAGAUGUGGAUCUUAUUCUGGAAGCUUCUGAGGCUGGGCAGCCUCCUGGGCUAGAGACCUAUGGCUUCCCUUCAGUGACCCUCAUCUCCCGACAUCAGCCGGGGGCUACCAGGCUGGAGGGAAACCAUUUUGUAGAGUCUGAUGGAACCAAGUUUGGGAACCCACAACCUCCCAUGAAGGGAGAACUGCUGCUGAAGGCAGAGGGAGCCACUUUGGCAGGCUGUGGCUCUUCCGUGGGUGGAGCCCUCUGGCCCUCUGGCUCUCUCUUUGCCUCUCACUUGUAAAUAUCCCUCUCUGUUUGUCCUCUUCCCGUCCAAUGAUGGCUGCUUAUAAAAGAAAGACAACUCCAACUCCAUAGCAAGAUGGCCAACACCUCUGACUCCAUUGUUCUCUCUCCACGACCCCUAACCAAUGAGUGCUUCCAAGUCUUGCUUUGUCUUGGCCUUCAGCUUCACUUUCACCCUGGGCCUUCUCUGUCCAAUCCAAUACUUCUGACAGAGGCCUGGGAAAUUUGCAUAGGAGAAAGGAGAAAAGCAAAAGACAGUGAAGGUUAUGGGGCCCUGACAGAGCCAUGAUCAGUAAGUGCAGAGUGAUGGGGAGGUCUCACAGAGCAUGACACUGGAAGACAACUACCAAAGACAUUGGAGAGUCUCCCCUGUGACAUAUAGAAUAUAAAAUGUGUUUUGUGUUCCAUUAAUCUUGACCUAUGCUGUGCCAAAGUGCUUCCUGUUAAAAUACACUUUGGAAGACAUUGCAUAUUAUGUCCCUUUCUUAGAGUCAUGGGGUCAUGUUAGUGUCUAAAAGGUCCUGAGAAUUAGGACUUUUUGGCUUAAUUACUACAGCAAUUAAACUUAAUUAUUUGAUGAUACCUAUAUAUUUGCUUUUCAUGAAACACUUACAAAUCUCUCAUAGAACUUUAUGGUUUUUCUCCCGGGGAAUCAUCUUCAUACCAUGGAGUACUACCCUAUGACAUCAUAAGAUGCCACCCUCUUUCAAAGCCCCUAUGAAGCCAACCUGGGGUGAAGUGCCAGAGGUGACUGAUGAUCCGUCAUCCAGGACAGAUUUUGCAUUCUGCUCCCCUCCCCACCUCACUUAUCCUACUGGAACAGACACCUGGAGGAGCCUGCCCCAUCUCCAAGGUGGGGCGGGGGGAAAGAGACCUUGAUGUGUUCCCACACCACACCGACCCCAAGCAGUAAUGAAAUUUCUGCCCUCAGCAAGACAGGAUUCUCAGGUCCUGGUAAGAUAUACACUGAGAAGUCUGUGGUUCUCUGGGCUUCCCCGAACUCUAUGCUAACUUUGUAUGGUUUUACAUUGUAUGCAUCUCACUAUGGCCUGGACCUCUCUUCUCAUCCCAAUCCUGUUACUGGUAGGGAUGGAAAACCCAAGAGAAGGGAUAUUUGUAUUGUGAAUAUUGCAUUUUAGGGAGUGCUGUGGCUAUCUGGGACUCCUGGAUGCCCCCAACAGGCCUUUGAUUCUUCUGCCUCUCUCCUCUUGAUCUUUCUUACCCUCUGCUUCCCCAAGUGCAGUUGAGGUUCUAUGCAGUGCCUCCGCCUCACUCCAAACACGGGAAUUCAAUCUCAGAGAGAGGAGGUAACAAGUGGGGAGAAGCCAAGACUCAGCAAUAGACGAUAAUUGCUCCUGGGAUUGCCCCCAACACCAUUUACCUAGAAAGGACCAAGUUUGGAUCCUGAAGCCCAGUGGAGCACCAUUCUCUGCCUGAAUCCUGUUGUGAUCCCUAGCCAAGUCCUCUUUCCAAAAACUCCACCUUUAAAACAAGCUGAGAAGGCCCUUCUCUAAGUUUAAUAGUUAACUUUCCAUAGCUUAGCUUCUCUGCGGUCUCCUGAGUGCCCAGUGAAAAUUCUGCCAUAGGUCAACAAGUGAGGUGGAGAGAUGAGUCAGAGGCCAUGCAUGGAGCUCAGAACAUUUCCAAACCUCCUGUGAUUCACUGAGUAGCCCCUAGACUCUAGAAGGCUCAGAAGCAGAAAAGGAUGACUUUAUUAUUCCUUAGGGUCUUCUCAUGGGGCCAGUUUCAGGAAGGGCAUUCACCAAAUGAUGGCAGAUUUAUUUAUCAAUUGUUUCUGGGUGCCUGAUUUCUUUAUUUCCCCCGGGCUAUGAGAGCCCUUGGUGGGAGGUCCCCCCACCUUGAGAAUUGGUGGGUUUUGGUUUUUUUGUUUUUUUGUUUUUUUUUUUUUAUUUCCUAGGGUUGGCUAUUUUAGUUAGGGUUUUACUGCUGUGAAGAGAUACCAUGACCAAGGCAACUCUCAUAAGGACAACAUUUAAUUGGGGCUGGUUUGCAGGUUUAGAGGUUCAGUCCAUUAUCAUCAAGGUGAGAACAUGGCAGAAUCCAGGCAAGCACAGUGCAGGAGGAGCUGAGAGUUCUACAUCUUCAUCUGAAGGUUGCUAGCAGAAUACUCACUUCCAGGCAGCUAAGGACUAAGGUAUUAAAGCCCACACCCACAGUGACCCAUCUACUCCAACAAGGCCACACCUCCUAAUAGUCCCACUCCCUGAUCCAAGCAUAUACAAACUAUCACAAUGGCAAAAUUGGCAUUCUUUUGGGGAGGCUUGACUUACAGCAAGUUACCUAGAUUUUUACCCUGCUCUCUCCACCUACAUCACUAUGAGAUCAUUCUCCCCUUUGGAGUCAAGGAACUAGCCUUGGAGUGAAGUGGCCAUGUGUUGGUGGUCUAAGAAUGUAGGCAUUGUUCCUUAAAGAGGUCUUCUAUGAGAGUGAGCCAGCCCCUUUGGGCUGCAAGCUUUAGCAUGGCACAGUUGUCACCUUACUGUCUGCUUCUAAAUCUGGACAUCAGCCAAAGUUCAACAUUCUAAUUAGAGAAGAGGCAAGGGAGGAGAGAGUUGAAGUUCCAUAAACUUUUAUUUAAACGUCUAGCUAGGAGUGGUGGUGCCAGUGUGGAGGUGGCAAGAUCGAGUGUUAGGGUCAUCCUCAGCUACAUAAUGAGUUUGAGGCUAUCCUAGGCUACAUGAGACUCUGUCUCAAAAAACAAAAGCAAGCAAGCAAGCAAACAAAACCUCCAACUACUAGUUCAUAUACAUUUACCCCAAAUAAGAUUGAGUAGUUAAGUUUCCUUGUGUUUUACUUUGGGCCAAAUUUCUAGCAAGCCAGAAUGUUAGUACUUUGGUUAUCUCCUUUGUGGUCAGUUGAAGACCAUGGGUCUUCUUCUAAGCAAAUUUCUGAGUCUCUGUUCUACAUAUUUGGAUCUGACAAGAAGGACCAUGAGUCUUUGACUGGUCAUAGGAUGAAAAACUGAACUGUUAGGAGCACCUAAGUCCUCUACUGUUAUCAUUAACAAAAUCUUCCCAAAGCCAUGGAAAAGAAUCCACUCCAAGGCUGAGAUGGUGGUGGUAGAAACGCAAGGGAUUGGUAUGUACUACCAUGGGCUCUGUGUGCUGUGCCAUUAGUUAGUGCCAACCACAAUCUUCUCUUACACAGAGGAGAACUCAUGGUAGGAUCACAGCUUGUUAAGCAUCUCAUCAAAAGGAAAAAACCCAAAAACAAAUGUAGAGCUAAAGUCAAUCAGAAGACUAUGAGUGGGCGGGGCUUCUUACUGGGCCCUACCUUUCCUCUUCACCUCUUCUCCUGCUCCUUUGGGCUCAUUUUUCCAGGAAGAGUAAAGGCUUAAAGAGUAAGGGAGGAGAAGAAGGAAGAGCUGGCAAUAGGCAGUAGGCUCUUGGGACAAGGGUGGAAGAGGUAGUAGGAACCGCCAUCUUCCUAGCUCCAGUCCCUCUGACUACCUCUGCUCUGGGUUACCAAGUUCUCCCACCUAAGACCUACCACCUCCACCUCCUUUCUGGGUUCCAGUCCCAUGCCUCAUCACCAACCCCAGCCAUGUGAACUAUAACAAUUGUCAAGAUGUAAAUAUCCGGUUUUUCUGUAUAGUAAAGCACCUAUGAAGUA